GAGAGACACAUUCGUCAGCUUUCUAUUUUCAUUUGUUGCUCUGUGAAAAGAUCAAAAAAAAAAAGAAAAAACUCUGUAAUGCUUCACCUAUAGGCCUCUUGCUUCUCUCCCUUCGCCGGCAGCCUUGAUCUCAACGGAAACCCCUCCGAUCACCGGAUAAUCGAAUCCAGGAACUCAUAUUUAUUUUCUGUCCAUACUCUCGCACACAAAUUGUGUUGUUUUGUUUUCAUUUCGCCAUUUUAGUAUCGUUAAUCGUGAGAUACAGAGUUCUUAAUCAUUAAUUUAGAUGGAGGAUUAUGGAGGGAGUGACGAUGAGUGCUAUUACUCUGAUGAUCGAGAAUCGCUCAACGGUCUUGAGAAUGAGGACUCCGAUCUUCAUUGGGUCCCUUCUAAGGGUCCCACUACCAGGAUAAUCACAAAGGAAUCCCUUUUGGCUGCACAGAGGGAAGAUUUGCGCAGAGUAAUGGAACUGCUAUCACUGAGGGAACACCAUGCAAGGACCUUAUUGAUACAUUACCGUUGGGAUGUUGAAAGGCUAUUUGCUGUGUUUGUAGAGAAGGGGAAAUCAUGCUUGUUGACUGAAGCAGGUGUUACUGUGGUUGAGCAACUAGAUAUUGAUUCACCCCUCACUUCGUCUUCUACGAUAACGUGUGAUAUGUGCAUAGAGGAUGUAUCUGGCAAUAAGGCGACAAGAAUGGACUGUGGCCAUUGUUUUUGCAAUGAUUGUUGGACAGAGCACUUCAUUGUGAAAAUCAAUGAGGGUCAGAGUAGGCGCAUCCGGUGCAUGGCGCACAAAUGUAAUGCUAUCUGUGAUGAAGCUGUUGUCAGAAGUCUAGUCAGUAAAAAGCAUCCUGAUUUGGCAGAGAAAUUUGAUCGUUUUCUUCUUGAAUCAUACAUCGAGGACAACAAAAUGGUUAAAUGGUGCCCAAGCACUCCUCACUGUGGGAAUGCUAUACGAAUUGAAGAAGAUGAAUGUUGUGAGGUAGAAUGUUCAUGUAGUUUACAAUUUUGUUUUAGUUGCUUGUCAGAAGCACACUCUCCUUGUUCAUGUUUGAUGUGGGAGCUUUGGAGCAAGAAAUGUCGCGAUGAAUCUGAAACAGUUAAUUGGAUCACAGUUCAUACAAUGCGUUGUCCUAAGUGUCACAAACCCAUUGAGAAGAAUGGUGGCUGCAACCUUGUGAGCUGUAUAUGUGGUCAAUCGUUUUGUUGGCUGUGUGGUGGAGCAAUUGGGAGAGAUCAUACAUGGUCUAGAAUAUUUGGUCACAGUUGUGGUCGCCAUAAAGAAGACCGAGAGAGAAAAACAGAACGCGCAAAACAGGAUCGCUAUCUAUAUAUGUACUAUCAUAACCGUUAUAAGGCUCACACGGAUUCCUUUAAGGAGACAAUCUUGGAGAAAGUGUCAAUAUCAGAAGAGAGAGAAUCAAGACUUAGAGAUUUCAGCUGGGUAACUAAUGGACUAUACAGACUUUUCAGAUCAAGACGGGUUCUUUCAUAUUCAUACCCGUUUGCGUUUUAUAUGUUCGGCGAAGAGCUUUUUAAGGAUGAGAUGACAAUGGAGGAAAGGGAAAUUAAACAGAAUUUAUUUGAGGAUCAGCAACAGCAGCUUGAGUCAAAUGUUGAAAGACUCUCUGAGUUCCUGGAGGAGCCCUUUGAGCAGUAUACUGAUGAUAAAGUCAUGGAAAUAAGGAUGCGAGUCAUCAAUCAAUGUACAAUCACUGAUAAUCUGUGUAAGAAAAUGUAUGAGUGCAUAGAAAGUGAUUUAUUGGGUUCUCUUCAACUAGGUACCCACAACAUAGCUCCCUACAAGUCAAAGGGCAUUGAGAAGGCGUCAGAACUAUCUUGUUGGAGCAACAAAGUCAAUGCUACUGAUAAAUGCCUACCAUCAGAUGGCAAUGCUAGCGGUGGCAUAUCACAACAUGAUAGACCUUCGGGCUCUAGGAGUUCAGCUGAUGGUGGAUGCUCUUCUCAGAAGCGUGUUAGGAAGGAGGGAGGUGGCUUUUAGAUCUGAACUUGCCAGCAGAGAUUAUGGAUAGAAACUGUGCAGACUUGAUACAACUACAAAGUGUACAGCUCUAACUCAAGGCCCUGUCCUUCAUGGAAUUUGAUCAUUGGUGGAUUAAGCACCACAAAGUGCUUUGCCUUUUACCCUUAAUAGCUUUUUGUUCAGCAUUUGACUUGCUUUCCCUCAAUGGGGGAUGUCCUGGAAUAGAAAUUUGUUUCUAAGUGUUUUUUGUGUUGUGCAUAGUCGUUUAUUGGGUUUUUGUGGGGAUAGAUAUGUAAAUUCUCUAGCUGGGGGACUUGGCCUAGACCUUAAAAUACAUACUUGACAUAUUUUAACAAUGGCCAUAUAAUAUUCUUUGACA